GGAAGGGGGGAGAUGAUGUUAAGGUGGUUUAUAUAGAGAGGAGAAACCUGCAGUCUCUCUAAUCAUCUAGAUCUCUGCCAGUCCACCACCAUGUACCUGAACCUCCUCAUCCUCCUCCAACUCCUUUCCUCUGCUGGAGCCUCUGAGAGUGGUAUUGUGGGUGGUAAGAUAGCUAAGCCCCACUCAAGGCCCUAUAUGGUCUCUCUGCAACACAGAGGACACCACGUUUGUGGAGGAAUGCUCAUCCGGGAGGACUUUGUCCUGACUUCAGCACACUGCUUGAAAGAUGCUUAUCCUUUAACGGUGGUUCUUGGAGCUCACGACCUAACCAAAGAAGAGAAGAAGAGUCGGCAAGAGAUUCAGGUGGUACAUCACCAUCGCCAUCCUUUGCACAGACAAUAUAGCCAGCUCACUUAUGACAUCAUGCUACUCCAGUUAAAGACUAAAGCAAAACUGAACAGGUAUGUGAAGGUCAUUGGACUCCCAAAGAAGGACGGAUCAACCCCAGCAUCCCCCAAAUGCUCCGUAGCUGGUUGGGGCAAGACUACCUGGAACAACAACCAGGGUUCUGGCGUUUUGAUGGAAGUGGCGGUGGCGGUGGAGGAUGGCUCUGAAUGCAAGAAGGUGUGGCAGAAAUACUUUGAUAAAAAACAAAUGAUGUGCACUCGUACUACUGGAGGGAAAGGAUUUUGUCAGGGAGAUUCAGGGGGACCUCUUAUCUGUAACAACAAGGCACAGGGUAUCGUUGCUUUUAAUUAUCCUGAGAGAUGUGAUGAUUCCCGAUAUCCUCAUGUGUUCAUGAAAAUCCCUUUCUUUCUGCCCUGGAUUAAAGAGGUGUUGCACAGAUAUGAUGCCGACAUGUCUUUAAACAAGCAGGAAUAAAGGACUAGGAAGGACAUUGAUUAUAGUGUACUGACAUAAUGGUUAUAGUGUACUAACAUAAUGGUAUCUAUUCCUAGGAAGUACAUUGAUUAUAGUGUACUAACAUAAUGGUAUCUAUUCCUAGGAAGUACAUUGAUUAUAGUGUACUAACAUAAUGGUAUCUAUUCCUAGGAAGGACAUUGACUAUAGUGUACUAACAUAAUGGUAUCUAUUCCUAGGAAGGACAUUGAUUAUAGUGUACUGAUAUAAUGGUAUCUAUUCCUAGGAAGUACAUUGAUUAUAGUGUACUAACAUAAUGGUAUCUAUUCCUAGGAAGGACAUUGAUUAUAGUGUACUGAUAUAAUGGUAUCUAUUCCUAGGAAGCACAUUGAUUAUAGUGUACUAACAUAAUGGUAUCUAUUCCUAGGAAGGACAUUGAUUAUAGUGUACUAACAUAAUGGUAUCUAUUCCUAGGAAGUACAUUGAUUAUAGUGUACUAACAUAAUGGUAUCUAUUCCUAGGAAGGACAUUGACUAUAGUGUACUAACAUAAUGGUAUCUAUUCCUAGGAAGGACAUUGAUUAUAGUGUACUAACAUAAUGGUUAUAGUGUACUAACAUAAUGGUAUCUAUUCCUAGGAAUUACAUUGAUUAUAGUGUACUAACAUAAUGGUAUCUGUUCCUAGGAAGUACAUUGAUUAUAGUGUACUGACAUAAUGGUAUCUAUUCCUGCAUACAUACACUUCUCAUCAUACCCUGGAUAGAGGACAAGUUUCUUAUUUUUAUCAUUUUGUUUCCAUUUAAAACACAUUUGUAACUGAUUUGAACUGAUUAUAACUGAUUUUCCUGUUUAGAUAGUGUUUUUAUAUAUAUUUUUUGCAAUUAGUAAUUAGAAAAUAAUUUAAAAGGUAAAGUAAAACCAUUACUCUGCCAUUGUUGCUGUUUUUGGAUAUUCCAUCUGUGUCACGCCUGACUGUAGACUGCUUUGUAUGUUUCCAUGUUUAGUUUGGUCAGCGUGUGAUGUGGGUAGGUAUUCUAUGUUUUUGUUCUAUGUUUUGUAUUUCUGUGUGUUUGGCCUGGUAUGGUUCCCAAUCAGAGGCAGCUGUCAAUCGUUGUCUCUGAUUGAGAACCAUACUUAGGUAGCUUGGUUUCUCAC